UCCAACCUGGAGAGACACGAGGACACCAGCACCGCGGAGAAGCCGUGGAAAUGUGGCGAUUGUGGGAAGGGAUUCAGUUCCCCAUCGAAACUGGAAAUUCACCAACGCAGCCACACUGGAGAGAGGCCAUUUACGUGCUCUGUGUGCGGGAAGGGCUUCACUCAUUCAUCCAACCUUCUCAGACACAAGCAACUUCACACGGAGCAAAGUUCACUCAUUUGCUCUGUCUGUGGGAAGGCAAUUAGUCAGUCGUCGAACUUUCUGAGGCAUCAGCAAACUCACAGUGGAGAGAGGCCUUUCACCUGCUCUGUGUGUGGGAAGGGAUUCACUCAGUCGUCCUACCUGCUGAAACACCAGCAAAUUCACACGAGGGAAAGUCCAUUCUCCUGUACCUUCUGUGGGGAAGGAUUUAACCGACUGUCCAGAUUUCUGAAACACCAGCGCACUCACACUGGGGAGAGUGCGUUCACCUGCUUUAUCUGUGGGAAAGGAUUUAAUCGACCAUCCAAACUGCUGACACAUCACCGCAUUCACACUGGGGAGAGACCGUUCUCCUGUACCUUGUGUGGGAAAGGAUUCACCAAUUCAUCUGACCUACUGAUACACCAGCGUGUUCACACUGGGGAGAGGCCGUUCAUCUGUUCCAUAUGUGGAAAGGGAUUUACUCGAUCAUCCCACCUUCUGACACAUCAACUUGUUCAUACCGACCAUAGGCCUUUCCAGUGCUCUGACUGUGAAAAGACCUUUAAAUGCAAAAAGGAUCUGCUGAUACACCAGCGAGUUCACACUGGGGAGAGACCAUACACCUGCUCUGUGUGUGGGAAGGCUUUCACACAGUCAUCCUCCUGCCUGACACACCAGCGAAUUCACAAGUGAUGACAGGGGUGGUUUCAGCAGCUAUUGUUACUGUUGCCCAUGUUAAGGAUUGAAUUCUUUCAUUCUGACAAGUUGGUUUCUUUAUACUGAUUUUGAAAACAAGAUAAACAGUUUGCUGCUUAUUAUUCUAGAUAAAUAUCAAACGCAUUGUUGUAAUUUGUUUUCUCUCUCCCACCUGCGUGGGAGCUCGGAAAAGAAUGUAGAACAGGAACAGAGUAUCAGCCUGGCCAUUGUCCUUCAGAGUCACUCUGGGAGGGACGGUAUUUUAGUCUUUUUCAUCUCUUCACUGCAACAAAGACCCCUUUGUGGAUUAAUUUGAAGGUGUGUAAGCAAUAUGUGACAGUUGCUUCUGUACAAUAUAUUUUCACGUUUACCAAGGUCAGGCUGUGUGAUGUGAAAAGCCACAGAGCAUCAACGGAUGGAAAGACUGUUCCAAAGCCCCUGUGAAUCCAGCCUCUGAUUUCUGUUUUGUAACUAUCAUCAUUCCGACCUCCACACAAUAGAGGAGAAGCUCUAUUAUAGCAGUGUUUCUAAACAGGAAUAGUGGACACAUUCUGUUAAAUCAGAGAUUGGUGUAAAGCUGUGCAGUGUUCCUGACUAAACUGAAACGGCAGGAUUACGUUUCCACCUUUAAAAAUGAGGACGAUCAUCGGCGAAGUUUUUGAUGUGUUUUUGUGACAGUCCUGAGGCAACUGUUUUAAACCCGCAUCAACAACUGCUUGUAUUUAUAUAGUGCUUUUCACAUUAAGCAAUAAUAGGUCAGAGAUUGGCAAUUCGACAGUGAGUAACUCACCUCCAAACCUGCAACUGUUACCUUUUAGAAGGGCAACGGUAACAGAUACAUGGUAACAUCUGCACCAGCAAGUUCCCCCAUGAGACACUCGCCCAUCCUGCCUUGGAAGUAAAUUGCUGUUCCUUCACUGUGCUGGGUCAAACUCCUGGAACUCCACCCCCUCAAUCAGCGUUGUGAGUGUCCCUACACCAUAUGACCUGCAGCGUUUCAAGAAGGUAGCUUAACAUCACCAUGGGGUCUGUUGCUCUAUGACUCUUCGGUCCAACUUGUCCAAGCCGACCAAGUUUCCUAAAUUGAAGCUGUCUAGUCCUGUUUGUCUGUGUUUGGCCCACAUCUCUUAAACCUUGCCUAUUCAUGAACCUGUCCAAAUGUCUUUUAAAUUUAUAAUUAUACUCACCUCUACCACUUCAUCUACCAUCUGCUGGCCAAGUAGGGCUGGGCAUUAAGUACCAGCCUAGCCAGCGAUGCCCAUAUCUCAUGAAUGAUCCAUUUUUCUUAUCCAAUCAAUGCAUAUUAAUAGCAAAUUGAAGAGUUCACAGGAGCUUUAAAUGCUGGUGCAAUGAUACAAUGGAUGUUUGAUCACCAAAUAAAUUGGGAUCUGCAGCAUGUUACCAAGAAUUCCUCACUGUAUUGAUGUGUACAUGUCAGUAACCAGGACUUUAUAGUAGUCCUCCUCAGUGUUAACUUUACCUCUAAAUAUAAUAAUCAAUUAAUAAAUAAAGCAGUUUAUCACUUCUUUGUGA